CUUGGCAUGCUCAGCAGCCAUAGCUACCAGUUCUUUCAGUACCCUGAAAUAGAGUUCAUCUGGACCUGAUGGCUUAAACUCAUCAAGAACAACUAGGUCAGCAAAUGCUACCGAAGUUCAGAAAAGGGAGAAGUUUUGAUGGUAAACAUUAUUGAGCAGAUGGGACUUUGGCUGUAUCCUGAAGACCAGGUAGAGUUCGGAUAGAACUAGAGAAGAUGGGAAAAUAUUCCGAUGGAGGAAACAGUAUGGUCAAAGACACAAUGGUUUCUACCAAAUAGAGUGAUAUUCCAGAUGCUGGCUGGAGGACAGACCUAAAACGAAUUGCAAAAAUAUUUGAAAAGUUUUCACGUAGAGGAAAGAAAAAGGUUAUACUUGUUCUGCUUGUCACAAGAGGAAAGAAGUAGGAGAAGUUGCUGAAGGAUAAAGUUGCUAGAAGUUGCUAAAAUAAUAAACUUUUUGUUGCCAUAAGGAAAAAAGAAGCUACCAAAGAUUUGGAGAUUUCCAAAAGUGAAAUGUUUUGCUUCAGAAAAUAAUGACGACCCUCAAACAAAGGCAUCAUGACAUCUAGCAAAGUAUUUGCUGGGGAUAUUUUAGGAAUUUGUUGUCAUGUACAAAUUUGGACCUCCCUUCCCACUCUUAGAUUCUAUAGCAAUAUACUUCAGUAAUAGGAUAAUCCAUGGACCCAACACCUUAAGUAUUCAAGUAGAAAAAGAAUGAGUUGACAAUUCAUCAUUCAAUUAUAUGGUACUGACACUUUGGAAAAAAGUUUCAUGCAAAAUGGUAGUCACUUGGCAUUACUAUGUAAUAUAUAUGCAUGUAUCCCCUAAAUAUUUAUCAUAAAGGUUGCUAGAGUGUCUUUAAAAGAAAGCAAUCUAUAUCAGAGAGUAAAUGUGUCUGGGGUGAUUGCUAUAGAAACAGAUGAAUGUGCCUUUUAUUUUUUCAUCAUACCCUGCUAAUCUAAGAAAAGCAGAGGAACCCGAACUUCUACUCAAAUAGAAGAAAACAAAAAUUGGUACAUACCUAACUGAUGAUUGGAUUGGGGGUGGGGAAAGGAGGUCAAAUACCCUUGAAGAAAUUUCAUACCAGAGUAUUUUUGUGUUAAACAGUAAUCAUGGCACCACAUAACUGAUGCUUCUUGCUUCCUUCUCUCUGAUAUAGUGAAAUUCAUGAAAGGUGAAUGUACACAGAAUGUAAUUGAUUCCAUCAUAAUGAAUUGUCAAUAGACAUUUUUGUUGAUUUUCUGGAUACUGGUUACCAAAAGCUAUGUAAAUCCUGGAUUAUUCUUACAAAUAAUAUUACUAACAUUUCUUGAGCCUAAUGUUACUUAAAUUGAAAUGGAAUUCAUUCACACAUUCAAGAUCCACUUUUCUUUACCACUUGAGAUACUAUUCCUGAGACAAGUUAGGAAAUGACUCCUGAGCUUGAGUGCUCUCACCUUAGUUAGGCACACCCCAUCACUCCAAACAAUGGUAAUGCUUUGGGGACCACUCCAAAUGAACACGUUAAACAUCUGCGCAAAGUUACAGAUCCAGUUCAAUUCAACAAAAUUUUAUUAAACACCCACUAUGUGUCAGAUGCUGUGAUAGGACGGGGAAUAAAAGGAUAAAAAUAAGCUUACAUUCUACUGGGACCCACUGUAAUUUAUCAAGAUCAUAAAAUCUUAGGUUUGAAGACAACAGAGGUUAUCUAAUCCAAACUGAAACAUGAGAUGAAUGCUCCCUACAACAAUAACAGCAAAUAGCCUUCAGUAAUGGGGAACUCACUACCUACAGAGGCAACCGAAUCCAUUUCUGAAUAACUCUUAACUGUUUAGUUGGUUUCCCUUCUCCAUGGUGAGCUACAAUCUGCAACACUUUAUGAAGCAUCUACUUCAGUCAAGCCAUUGUCUACACUGGUGCCUGGAGAUAACAUGAUGGCUCCCAAUUCCAAGCAUUCGUACAGGCUAUUCAUGCUAACCAAAAAACCUUUCAAAGUCAGUCAGUCAAGUUGUUUUCUCUACAUAAUGCUGAGCUUUCUGAUCUAACAUCUGUAAAUAUCUGAAUUAUGACUGAAUUUUCUACUUUUAAUUCCAGUAUUUAUUACUGCAUGUACAACACCUAAAUGAUGCCUCUACCUAGGAAUUAGUUUCUUUUUCAUAUUUUAAAAUAAUGCCUUUUCCUCAUAAGUAGGUGCAUGUGUCCAUUAUCUUACUCUUUUAUUUUAGGACACAUUGUCAAUCCUCUAAUUAUUUUAAUUCUCCUCCAUGCACUCUCUCAAAUGUAUCCAUCUCUUUUUAGUAGGAGAUUCCCGGAAGACAAGACAGCAUUGUAAGUACAAUGCACUUCUACAAAUGAAGAAAAUGCCUUGUUCAUGAGCAAAGGAAUUUACAGAGAGGAUGUACAGAACCAAUGAAUAUUAGCUACAUUUCCAAUUCAUUUUCCUUGCAGUGUAUUGUCAGUCAAGUAUCCCUUGACCUAAGGAAGACAAAUGACUAUAGAAUUUCCUAGAAUGUACAUCUUGUUCCUUGAAGCUGGUACUCUGGUAGAUAUGUGUAUUUGUAGACAGUAUACAUAAUUUUGCUUUUUUUAAUGCUGGAAGUAAGAAGAAGCCUACUAAUUUUAUUCAAGAUGAUGAUAGGUGCAGCGUUCUAAUUAUUUUUCAUGUUGUGAGUAAUUUAUUAUUCAUUGGGUAUCUUCCCUGUAAAUCUUGUCCUAACUCUGUAAAAUUUUCUCUUUGGUGUCCAACAAAGGGUUUCAUUGCAAUAAGAAGCAAGGUGUGUCUAUGCUUUUACCUGGAGCAAUAACGAUGCAAGUGUUUCAGACCAGCCCAGGGGUUUGGGGUGGGGAAACAGAGUCAUUAUAGAGCAUCUUUAGUUUUUCACCCAGAGGAAGUCAGAAUGAGCUCUGAUGCCCUCCUGGAAAAGCAUCAUUAAGCACACCUUCCUCUUCAGCAGGACACAGGGUCCAGGUGCCCAGGACUAAAAUUGAACAUCAUUUGGAUUUGUAUGUAAGAAAAAUCAGAAGCAAUGGACUGGCUCCUUUUCAGAACUAUUGGCAUUCUAGUCAUUUUAAUGGUCAUGGAAGAAGUUACCAGUGAAUUCAUUGUAGAGGUGAAAGAGCUAGACAGUGAAAAUGGAACUACAAAAUGGCAAACCGUCAGACGACAAAAGAGAGAAUGGAUCAAAUUUGCUGCUGCCUGUAGGGAAGGAGAAGACAAUUCAAAGAGGAACCCAAUUGCCAAAAUACGAUCAGAUUGUGAAGCUAACCAGAAGAUUACAUAUCGUAUCUCUGGGGUAGGGAUUGACCGACCACCUUUCGGAGUCUUUACUAUUAAUCCCAGAACUGGAGAAAUUAACAUAACAUCAGUGGUUGAUCGAGAAAUAACCCCAAUGUUCUUGAUCUAUUGCCGUGCUCUGAAUUCCCGAGGUGAAGAUUUAGAAAGACCACUUGAGCUUAGAGUCAAAGUUAUGGAUGUAAAUGAUAAUCCUCCAGUUUUCACACAAAAUGUAUACACUGCCAGUAUUGAAGAACAUUGUGCUACAAACACACUGGUGAUAAAGUUAAGUGCUACUGAUGCAGAUGAAGAAAAUCAUUUGAAUUCUAAAAUUGCUUACAAGAUAAUAUCUCAGGAGCCUGCAGGUUCACCACUGUUUAUUCUGAACAGAUAUACAGGAGAAAUCCGCACGAUGACGAGUUAUCUUGACAGAGAAGAACAUAGCACUUACAACCUCGUUGUGAGGGGCUCUGAUCGGGAUGGAGCUCCAGAUGGGCUGUCUUCAGAGUGCGAAUGUAGAAUCAAAAUUAUAGAUGUCAAUGAUAAUUUCCCAACACUAGAAGAAACAUCAUAUUCAGCAAGUAUUGAAGAAAACUGUUUAAGUUCAGAAUUAAUACGAUUUCAAGCAAUUGAUCAUGAUGAAGAAAACACAGACAAUUGGUUGGCAGACUUUUUCUUUGUCUCUGGAAAUGAUGGAAAUUGGUUUGAGGUGCAUACAGACCCAAGGACUAAUGAAGGAAUUCUGAAAGUUGUUAAGAUGUUGGAUUAUGAACAGAUGCCCAAUAUGCAACUUAGUAUCGGUGUUAAAAACAAAGCUGAAUUUCACCAUUCUGUUGCCUCUCACUACCGGAUCCAGGCCAUUCCCAUCAGGAUACAGGUUAUUAAUGUCAGAGAAGGACCAAUAUUUAAUCCAAACUCUAUGAAUUUCAGAAUACAAGAAGGCUUAAGAGGAAAUGCCUUAUUAAAUUAUGUCCUUGGAAGAUAUACAGCCACUGACUUGGAUACUGGGAUUGCAGCCACAAAUGUCAGAUAUGUCAUGGGAUAUGAUGCAGCCAACUGGUUAAAAGUUGAUUCAAGGACAGGAGAGAUACAGUUUUCCAGGGAAUAUGAUCCAAAAUCAAAAUAUGUUAUCAAUGGGAUAUACGCAGCUGAGAUUCUGGCUGUCGAAGAUGGCAUUGGGAAAACUGCAACAGGGACAAUAUGUGUCGAAGUUCCUGAUGUCAACGAUUUCUGCCCCAUAAUUUUCUCUGACAGUAGACAUAUCUGUGUAGCCUCCCCAUCAGUCAUUAUCUCAACAAGGGAUGAUUCUUUUGGCUCACCCUUUACAUAUUGCAUCAUGGAUCAGCCACCGGGGACAGCUGACCUAUGGGAUAUCAGGUCAAUAAAUGCUACCUCGGCAAUACUCACUGCUAUGCAACAGUUAUCACCUGGACUUUACCAAGUUCCCAUCUUAGUGAAAGACACCUAUGACAGAACUUGUGAAUUGCCACAAAUUAUACCAUUAGAAGUUUGUGAAUGUGAUGACAACCACAUGUGCUCUUACUACAGCACAACCGGCAUCUACCCGGGGGGCCCCAGCAUCACCAUAGUUACUGCUAACAAUUAUGGUACUGUCGCUGGUGACAGAAUUGGUGACGGCAACGUGGGACUUGGACCAGCUGGAAUUGGUCUCAUUGUCUUAGGUCUCUUAUUACUGCUAUUAAUGCCACUCCUGCUGCUCAUAUGCUGCUGCAAACGAAAGGCACCAGCAGGCCUGGGAACUCGAUUUGCCCCUGUGCCUGAGGGGGGUGAAGGAGUGAUGCAGUCAUGGGGGAUAGAAGGAGCCCAUCCUGAGGACAGAGAUGUCUCCAAUAUUUGCGUGCCUGUAACCGCCUCCAACACACAGGAUCGCAUGGAAUCUUCUGAGAUCUACACCAACACAUAUGCAGGUGGAGGCACUGUUGAAGGAGGCGCUUCUGGGGUGUCUGGCGUUGAGCUGAAUACAGGAGUUGGAGCAGCGCUAAGUCUUGGGGCUGGGGGACUUGCCGGGGCAGUGAGAAGACGGGGCUCUACCAUAGGAACACUGAGGGAAUACACAGAAACAGGCGUGAAUAUGGCUUUCUUGGACAGCUACUUCUCUGAGAAAGCCUACGCUUAUGCAGAUGAAGAUGAAUGUCGACCUGCAAAUGACUGCCUUCUUAUUUAUGACCAUGAAGGAAUGGGGUCUCCUGUGGGUUCCAUUGGCUGCUGCAGCUGGAUUGUAGAUGACCUGGAUGAUAGCUCCUUAGAAACUUUGGAUCCAAAGUUUAGGACUCUAGCUGAAAUAUGCUUAGACACAGAAAUUGAACCAUUUCCAUCUCCUCACCAGGCCUGGAUACCAAUCACUACUGAUCUUCCCCUACUUGGACCAAAUUACAUUGUUAAUGAAUCUUCAGCAAUGUCUCUCACAGAGGCUGGAUUCCAGGCAGAAAUGGCAAUGCCUGAUCCCACGAUUCAUAGUGACAUUAUAGUGACAGAGUCAUAUAGUACUUCUGACCAGUGUGUACAACCGACUACCAUUAUUUUUGAACCUCAGUUGGUUCCCAAUGUCCUGGUUACAGAAACAGUGAUGGGACCUGCCUAUGCUGUGCAAGGAAACAUUUGUGUACCUGCUGAGUUAGCCAACACACAUAAUGUGAUCUACACUGAAAGAGUAGUGCCAAGUCCAGGUAUGACUGCCAUGAGUAAUAGCAGUAUGACCAGUGGUUGCAUGGGUACUGGGAUGAGUGGCAGUGGAAUGGUAGGCCCUGAUAUUGAAGUGACCCAAAUGGUAAGUCCAGAUGUUCAUGUCUGCCAAACCAUGGACUCCCCAAUGACAUCCCGACGUAGGGUAACACAGCACAGUACUGUGCAGUACUUCCAACAAUGAGGUCCUUACUGAUAAUGUUCUCAGUAAUGUUAAUGACAUAUUCAUAAUCAUCAAAAUUAACUGUCACAAAAUCUAAUUUUAGCAGUGAAUACUCUAAAUUCAUGCUCCCUCUGUUGAUGGGGAAUUUGGCCAAAUAUUUUGAGUGAAGAUUUCUUCUUUAUGAUUUUUAAUGGAGCAUCAAAAAUGUAUUAAAGAUACCAUAUGUUCUUUAGCACAAGGCCUAGAAACAUACUCCUAAAACAGAGAGUCACUAAAACCUGCAAGUCUUCCAAAGAGGUUAUAAAAAUGCUCUGUCCUGAUGCUUGAAUUUUGCAGCAAGCAAUUAGCCUAUUCUAUAUUCACCUGCCAUAUUACUGUAUCUCUAGAAAGGAAAUUGCACUAAAGAAGUUCUUCUUUAGAAUGAAUUUGAAUAUUGAAUAGUCUUAUUUGGUUCAUGAAAACUGUACAUUUCAAGACAUGGGGAGAGAAGAGUGAAUCUCCUUAAAGAAAUCAUUCAAGACUAGACUUACCUUUCAAGGAUCUUCUUGACUGCUGAAGUAGGUAGGAUAAGCUUCAUAUAAUCUGGGAAAAGGAAUUUCAUUGCUGAAUGUAUCAAUGGUAAAGGUUCAUUGCAUGGAAUAACAUAUGGAAACUAUUCAACAUGGAUGAAUUUUAAUUGUAUCUUAUAAUUUCAUAUCAUUACCUAUAAAUUAACUUAGGAUAGCAAAAGCAAAUAAAGGACUGAAGGAGUCAAAACAAUGCAUUUAUAAGUAUGAAGUAGAGUAAGUUCUUGGAGAAAUAGUUCUUCCUUCCCCACAAGGACUUUUUUCUCCCCACAUUUAGCAAAUUAUAUUAGCUCACAACAUAAAUGGGACGAAAUUAGGCCCAUGUCAGUGGCCCUGAACGUUAGCUGGAGUAAAAUCUUUUCUCAAAUAUCUCCUUUAGACACCAAAACUGAGGCAGUAUGGACAAACUCAUAAUAAGUAGGGGGAAAAAAUCUCUUUUGUCCUAUUAUUAACUAAUGCUUCCAUUCCUAACCUUGUCAUUCAUGUUGAAUGAACAAAAUGGAUAGCCUGCACUGCACAGCCAGUCAGCUUCUGUCUGUGUAAAGACAACUGGGGAGGGGGGAAGGAGGAGGAAGGGCUUAA